AUGGAUUAUGGUAAUCUACUGCACACAGUUGUUACUUUAAGAUCUGGAACUCCUAAGCCAUCUACUCCUACACCAACCCCUUCAUCGAUCCCACACCCUCCUGAUGCUCAGAGUUCAACUCCUAGUACCCCUUCAGCCACCCCUACUCCCCAAGAUUCAGGCUUCACCCCUCAGCCCACUUUGUUAACUCAGUUUGCUCAGCAGCAAAAGUCUCUGAGCCAGGCAAUGCCUGUAACGACCAUUCCUCUUUCCACCAUGGUAACAUCUAUAACUACAGGAACCACGGCCACCCAGGUCAUGGCAAACACUGCUGGACUUAACUUCAUCAAUCAGCAGCAGCAGCAGCAGCAGCAGCAACAGCUCUCACAGUUUGCACCACAACAACCUCAGCAGCCCACAACUUCUAGCCCUCAGCAGCCAGGAGAACAGGGCUCUGAACAAGGUUCAACUAGUCAAGAACAGGCCUUAUCUGCUCAGCAAGCUGCUGUUAUUAACCUUACUGGAGUAGGAAGUUUUAUGCAGUCACAGGCAGCUGUGUUGUCUCAGCUUGGCUCUGCCGAGAACAGACCUGAGCAAAGCCUUCCUCAGCAGAGAUUCCAGCUCUCCUCUGCCUUUCAACAGCAGCAGCAACAGAUACAACAGUUGCGAUUCUUGCAGCAUCAAAUGGCUAUGGCAGCAGCAGCAGCAGCACAAACAGCUCAGCUACAUCGUCAUCGGCAUACAGGCAGCCAGUCAAAAAAUAAAAUGAAGAGAAGCACACCAAGCACUCCAAAAUUAUGAGUUAUUUUUUUCUUUUUUAAAAACUCAACAGCAUUGAAUCAAAAUAAUUGUUUCUACUUCAUUUUUUAAAAUGUGUCAGUAUUUUACAUUGUUAGAUGUACAAUCUUUAUACAGAAGCACAACCCUAUGAUUUUUAAAUAAAAAUGGGGAAAUGGCUUAAGGAA